AUGUCGGCCAAGCCCUCCAGGUGAGCUGCAGCCACGGUCAGGAGUAGUGUCUACCAUUGUGCGGCCGUCUUCCGAUGUCCGAUGUGGGGCUGGCCCGUCAGCUGUCCAUCGCCCACCCCCGACUGACCAACCCCACCUUCGAUGGUCCCUCAGGAGCAACACCACAGCCGAUGUGCUGCCCUUCUUCUACUUCCACUUCUUCACUUUCGUCGAGCCCUUGCUCACCAUCUUUGGAUCCAUCUAUGCGACCUUCUCGCCGCUGCAAUACUUCAAAGAGCUCGUGCCGAUCGCCGUCGCGAGCCCUCCGCUCGACGUCAACGUGCAUCGCGCCGGUAUCAUGGCCGUUCGACAACUCGGGUCGUGCUUCUUCCUCCUCGCGUUGAUCGGGUCCGUCUUCCUGCGCAAAAUGGCCACCACGCUCAAGGACCAACCGCGGAUCCUCGAGUCACUCGUCGCGAGGUACCUCUGGUGCCUCGCCGUUGCUGAUCUAACUCAUAUCGGAUACACCUUGUUCGACGUCGGAACUUAUGUAGCCAUUCGGCCCUCUCUGUGGAACCAACUCGUUUUCGGCAACGUCGCCAUCACUUCGUUUUUGUUUGUCGUUCGCCUCGCUUGGUUCAACAAGAUUGCAAGAGAUUCGGCCGCUCCAAGCGAGAACAAGAAACGGGCUUAA